UCGGAGGCGCGCGGAGCCGGCGGGAUGGGCUGGGGUUGGGGCUUGGUUCUCGGCCUGCUGGGCGCGGCGUGGCUGAGCGGCUCUGGCCGCAGGGCGGACGCGCCGGAGACGCCGGUGGCGCUGGGCUCGGCGGCGCAGCGGUGUUUCUGCCAGGUUACUGGUUAUUUGGACGAUUGUACCUGUGAUGUUGAAACCAUCGAUAGAUUUAAUAACUACAAACUUUUUCCAAGACUACAAAAACUUCUUGAAAGUGAUUACUUUAGAUAUUAUAAGGUCAACCUGAAGAGGCCAUGUCCUUUCUGGAAUGAUAUCAGCCAGUGCGGAAUAAGGGACUGUGCUGUCAAACCUUGCCAAUCUGAUGAAGUUCCUGAUGGAAUUAAAUCAGCGAGCUACAAGUAUUCUGAGGAAGCCAAUAAUCUCAUUGAGGAAUGUGAGAAAGCUGAACGGCUGGGUGCAGUGGAUGAAUCGCUGAGUGAGGAAACGCAGAAGGCUGUGCUUCAGUGGACCAAGCACGAUGACUCUUCAGACAACUUCUGUGAAGUUGAUGACAUACAGUCCCCUGAUGCUGAAUAUGUAGAUUUGCUCCUUAAUCCUGAGCGCUACACAGGUUACAAGGGACCAGAUGCUUGGAAGAUAUGGAAUGUCAUCUAUGAAGAAAACUGUUUUAAGCCACAGACAAUUAAAAGGCCUUUAAGUCCUCUGGCCUCUGGUCAAGGAAAAAGCAAAGAGAACACGUUUUACAGUUGGCUAGAAGGCCUCUGUGUAGAAAAGAGAGCAUUCUACAGACUUAUAUCUGGCUUACAUGCAAGCAUUAAUGUGCAUUUGAGUGCAAGAUAUCUUUUACAAGAUACCUGGCUAGAAACGAAGUGGGGACAUAACAUUACAGAAUUUCAGCAGCGGUUUGAUGGAAUUCUGACUGAAGGAGAGGGCCCAAGAAGGCUUAAGAACUUGUAUUUUCUCUACUUAAUUGAAUUAAGGGCUUUAUCUAAAGUGUUACCAUUCUUUGAGCGCCCAGAUUUUCAGCUCUUCACUGGAAAUAAAAUUCAGGAUGCAGAAAACAAAAUGUUACUUCUGGAAAUACUUCAUGAAAUCAAGUCAUUUCCUUUGCAUUUUGAUGAGAAUUCACUUUUUGCUGGGGAUAAAAAAGAAGCCCAAAAACUAAAGGAGGACUUUCGGCUGCAUUUUAGAAAUAUUUCAAGAAUCAUGGAUUGUGUUGGUUGUUUUAAAUGUCGACUGUGGGGAAAGCUUCAGACUCAAGGUUUGGGCACUGCUCUGAAGAUUUUGUUUUCUGAGAAAUUGAUAGCAAAUAUGGCAGAAAGUGGACCCAGUUAUGAAUUCCAUCUAACCAGACAAGAAAUAGUUUCAUUUUUUAAUGCAUUUGGAAGAAUUUCUACAAGUGUGAAAGAAUUAGAAAACUUUAGGAACUUGUUACACAAUAUUCAUUAAGGAAAACUAUUUGAAAUAAGCCUGUUCUGGACAUUGGAGGCCAAAGAGUGGAAUUUCAUUCAAAGGGUAAUGUAAUAGCAAUGACAGUCUUCAGCCAAACAUUUUAUAUAAGCUGCUUUUGUAAAAGGAGAAUUAUAUUGUUGUCAGUAAACAUUUUUUCAAUUUUCUUGCGUAUGUUUAAUAUUAUUGUGAAUAAAAUACUUGGAUAAUGUGGUACAAAUUUUAAAGUUUAAUAUUGAAUAAAAGGAUUAUCAGAUUCAUAAAUGCUAAAAUCAGGUAAAUGACGUUUUAAGUCUUUCAAACUAGAGUUUUGUAUAAGAAGUGUAAUAAAAAUAAGACUAUGGCAAAUGUGACAAAUGUUUAAUAGGAAAAUACUAGGGAGGCUCAUGAAUGACUCAUAAUUAACAUAGAAUUUUUCAGUACAUUCAGGGUUGUCAUAUUUAGCAAAUAAAAAUGCAGAAUGCCCAGUUAGAAUUGAAUUUCAGAUAAAUAACUAGUUUACUUGAAAAUAUAUUGCAUGUGAUAUUUGAGACAUACUUAGAAAGUAUUCAUUAUUUGUUUGGAAUUCAAAUUUAACUGAAGGUCCUGUGUUUUAUCUGACAACCCUCAAGUACACUGGUAUGAAAACCAUCACUUUUUACAGUUAAAUUGCUAUUUUGACUUGGUUGUUUGAGCAUGUCAGAUUGAGAACAGCUGGAAGUCAUAGAUUUGUAAGCAUUGUGAAAAGCUGAAUAUAUAUUUAUUCUCAUAAUACUUUCCCUAAUUUGAAUAAAACUUUGGGGAAUCUUUUUAUUUUUUUAUAAUUUCAGAUUUACAGAAAAGUUUCAAAAAUAGUACAAAGGAUUUUUACCCACAUUCACCAACUGUUCACAUUUGCUUUAUGUGUCAUGCUGUCUUUAUUCACACAUUUAUUCCCUCAAUCAUUUAAAAGUCGGCUACACAUACCAUGCCCCUCUAACCCUACUCUAUGUAAUACUGAAUAAUUUUCUAGAAUUGUUUUCUCAGAAAAAAAUUCCUACAAAUCUGUAACUGUAAUUCUGUAAGCCUUAAAAUAAGGAAUCCUUUCCAGUUCCAACCUAAAGUUCUUUUUGAGUUUUGUUGCUCUUUUUGUUUAUUAUAGUUGUAGGUGUACAAUUUUUAUUUUUUUACAUGAAGUUAAUUUCUUUUGACUCUCUAGAACUGAACUGUAAUUUUGGGAGGUUUUCAUUAGUGGGAAUUCUGAUAAAAUAACUGAAAGAUUUAAGAAUUAAUACCACAUGAUAAUUGUAGGGAAAAAAAGGUAUACCUCAAAAUUACGAACCCCCUUUAUAUGUCUUAGUAGGUAUAAUAUGUUGAGAUGUCACAUUAUUAGUAAAUCAGGGUUUAUUUAUAUAAUAUUUUAGAACUGCCACUUUACACUGCUAAAUACUUUUUCUUCUGUGUCUCUUAGGCCUGGUACAGUGCCAAGCACAUAGUUGGUAUCCAAUAAAUGUUGAAUGAAUGUAAUGUGUAUUCAGCAUAUUUUAAAUGAAUAAUCACAGAACAAAGUUUAACAAUAUGUGUUCUAUUGUCCUUUCCCCCUCAUUUUGUCUGGAUAGGGCUGGGAAAAAAGACACUAACUCACUAAUUAAGGCAGUCUUCUCGGAGAUUCUUAAGUGAUUGGUGUAUAUAAAACUUAAAGGACAUUUGUACUCUGGAAAUAUGGCAGAUGGUUUUAAAUGGUAAUUUUGUGUAUAUACCAGCUCUCAUAUGCCCCCCCUUAGCCACCAAGCUUUCUGAAAGAGUAUUCUUACCUUCACUUUGCCACCUCCCACUUGCUCCUUAACUAAAAGCUGGCAUUUAGCCCUGUGUCCCUAUCAGUCCUUUCCUGUGAAGUCUAAAAUCCUAAUUCUAAAUCCACAUUUCAGUUCACAAGCCACUUCUUAUUUGACUUUUUUCCUGCCUAGUUUCUACUGACAGACCCUUCUUUAAACAAAACAAAAAAUUCUUUAUUACCUUGGUUCCUUAUAUUUUGCUUGCUCCUAGACCUCUUAUUUUUGGCCACUUCAUUUAUUCUUUAAAUGUUAUUUCUCAGGCUUUUUCAUUGCUCUUGUCAUAAUCGGUAUACCAUCACCCUUGGGUAAUUCCAGUUCAGUGAUCCCUAAUGCCUCCUCUUUAGCCCAAACUUCUCGGUCUGUCUCCUUACUGGAUUGCACUUGUUCCACAGUCACCAGUGUGUGUGUCUUCAGUUGUUCUCCCACAACCUACUCUGUGCCUGUGUUCUGUACUUUAAUUUCAGGACCAUUAUUUCCUAAGUUUUCUCAGCUCUUCAUUCUUCUCUUCUCCUCUUAGUUCUAAGUUCUAUUGAUUUUGCUACCUCUGCCUUUCUGAUAUGUCACUGCGGUUGCAUAUUCAUUGCGGUUACUGGAAGGACUACAUGAACCUAUCUUCUUAUAGCCUGUCUCCUCGUUGCUUCACAGUGUUACUAGAUUAGGCUCCCUAGAUGCACUCUGGCAAUGUUACUCUCUGCUUAACACCCUUCAGUCACUUCGUGAACUGUGUGGAGAGAGCCAAAGUUCUUAGUUCAGUGUACAGUCUUCUAUGUCUUCCUCAGCCAAGGUUCUGAUAAAGGAGACUUACAGUCCUUCAGAUGCCCCAUGUGGCCAACCCUCCAUGCCUUGUGAAUGGUGUACUGUUUGCAUCAAGUGCCGUAGCCAUCCUUUCUGCCCAGAAAAUUCCAUGCAUCUUGCAGGCUCAACAUCAGCAUGUCUGAAAAUUCCCCUGUUCCAUUCAAGGAGAAUUUAACGUCCUUUUGUGUCACCACUGUAAUUACAACCUACCUCUAUUGUAUCACUUAUUGUACUGUAUUAUUUUUGUUUUUUAAAGUCUCUUUUAUUAGAAUGUGAGCUCCUUAAGGGCAGGAAAAAAAAUCUGUAUUCACUUUGAUAUCGCUACAGCAUAUUUUUUGGCAUAUGAACAUUUAAUAAAUAUUUGUCAGAUAAAUUGCUUUUAUUUUAUUAGAAGUCAUACCUUCACUCCCUUCACCUUAUAGCAAAGAUCAGUAGACCUCAAAGAUUUGGAGACUUUUUGGAAUCAAUAAAGCUGAAAUUGUAUUCAAA